AUGGCGAGCCAUCUUGUCGUCCUUCUCGGUAUCCAUGGAGUCCUCGCCUCUGGAGGCCCUGUUGUAGAUUUUGGGUAUGCGGUUUACCAAGGAUCUGUGCAAGAGGGAACCUCGAAUUUGUACAACUUCUCCAACAUCAGAUAUGGUGAACCGCCGAUAGGUGAUCUUCGAUUCGCGAAGCCUGUUGCUCCCAAAGGACGUAAUGUCACCAUAGACAAAGGCGACGUUGGCCGUAUUUGUCCCCAGGCGAUGGCCGCUUGGGAAGUCUACACUUCAUUCACUGGACCCGACUUCCUAAGUGGCAAGAUCUCGACUCUUACAGACGACCACAUACAUGCUCUGCACGAACCUUCAGAUCUUAAGAUAGUAAUAGAUCCUAGAGAGACCGAAGAUUGUCUCUUUCUCGACGUUGUCACGCCUGUUGAGACUUUCGAUAGCCCAGUAAAGAAACUGGCGCCUGUGAUAUUCUGGCUGUCUGGAGGCGGAUACACGACUGGUGACAAAGGCUGGUUUGAUCCAGCAGGUCUCAUCAAGGCGAGCUACGCGUCGAGCCCGGAAGGAUUGGUCUUUGUUUCUGCAAAUUACCGACUGAUGAGCAGUUCAGAAACGAUGGUAGCCAAUUCGGCACUUUACGACCAGAGACUGGCACUUGAAUGGAUCCAAGAGAAUAUCCAUCAGUUCGGCGGCGAUCCAACUCGUGUGACCAUCAUGGGCGAAUCAGCUGGAGGUGCCAGUAUUUAUCAUCACCUGACCGCUUUUGGAGGCAAAGAUAAGACAACACUCUUGCAACGGGCAAUUCCUCAGAGCACUGGCUGGGUUCAUAUCGCAAAUGAAAAACUCGAGAAUGAUGUUAUCGACAAGUUCCUCGCUCUUGCCAAAGUUCCAGAUUUGAAAGCGGCUAGAAAGCUGUCAACUGAAGAGGUUCAAGAGGCUAACCGGCUUCUGAUCUCAAACUCUGCUUGGGGAACAAGUACUACUGGCCCAUUCGUAGAUGGGCUAUAUGUACCAGAGAACCCGGAUAAGCUCUUCGCUGAGGGCAGGCAUAUUCAGAGGGUGGAUGUCUUGAUUGGCUUCAACGAAGACGAGGGACUGAUCUUCACAUCUCCCGAGUCGAAUGACAAUGCUGGGUACCGCAAGUUUUUGGAGUCAACAUACUCUAACGCCAGCCCCGAGACACUUGAUCACAUCGAGACAAAGCUCUACCCACCAGUAUUUGACGGAAGCUACGGGUACACCAACCAAACGGGUCGUGCCUCCAUCACCAAGGCUGAAUCGGAGUUCACCUGCAAGUACGGAUUCCUGCAGGCCGCGUAUGGAAACAGAGCCAAGAGCUACCGUUUCAACGUUUAUCCCGGCCUUCACGGUAGUGAAAUGCACUAUACCUUCUACAAUGGUCCAAAAAGAAACCCCGAGGUUGAUGAAGCUAUUGCUGUUGGGUUUCAAGAGCUCCUGACGAGCUUUGCAGCGAUUGGGAACGCGACUUCGCUGACCGCUCCUCAGGGGGUGCCAGUGUACGGGGAAGAGAGGCGUAUGCUUUACAUCGGUAACGAGGGCUUCGGUAUCACGACGGAUGCGACUGUUCCAGAGCGCUGCAAGUUCUGGCAAAGUGGUAUUUACCUGUGA